GGUAAAACCUUACAAUGAAGUGUAGUUUGUGUCAAAGUAAUGAAGUGUUGACAUGGCAUGGAAAUUCACUAUGAAUUAUUUUUUACAUGCAUCUUAAUAAUCAGGGCCGGCCCGUGGCAUAGGCGACAUAGGCAGUUGCCUAGGGCACAAAAUGACUGGGGGGGUCAAUACUGACAAUUAAGAAUUUUAGUACUGAUCGAUCAUCGAACUGAUUAAAAUAAUGUUAGAAUAAAAUUGACAUCAACGAAAAAUCAUAAGAUUUGACAACAUGUCAUGUUGGACUAACUGAAACACUUUCUGCAUCAUGACGUAAUUGUAAUACAUCAUCAUAAUGCAUUAAUUAUGCAUGGUACACGCAGUUAAAAAUAGUUUUGCCAUUUAUGUGCUCUGAAAGUAUCAUUUCUAAAAAAUGACUUAAAAAAGAAAAUUAUCGGGGGCACAAAGCAGGAAGCGACGCAAAGAAGAGGAGCAGAAAAAAGAGCAAUAUACAGGUAAGAAUCACAGGUUAAUCACUGUGUAUUAGCCCGUGAUGUUUAUGCAGAAUUUUGAAAUAGCAUUUUUAGAACAUCUUAACUGGCAACACUGACACUGUGGAACGUUUUUGCUUGAGUUAACUGCUCAUUUAUUUUUACUUUAUUUUCUUUAAAAUAAAUGUUAGCUUCUAUAAUGUUGUUUUAAUUUCAGUUACAUUACAUCUUGCUUUUAAUUCACCAAAAAGUGCACUAAAUGUCUUUUGAAAAAGACCACAACUAGAACUAUAAUAGUAUUCAUGAAUUAAAAUAAUUUAAGUUCAAGUAUGCCAUUUUCCACAGUAUGCACAAAAUGGAAAUGAAAUGGGUAUGCUAAUUAGAUUAACUAGUUAGCUUGCUGGCUAACAUCUACAAAUAAAUUACAAUAUGUAGCCUUUAUUGUUUUGAAACUCUUCUGUAAUUCUGAAAAUAUAAUAGUUUUUUGUUGAUUCAUUUUUGUGUUAUUCUUCAGGUGACUUUAAAUCAAAUUUGUUUAUUUAUUAUCACAAUUUAUUUACUACUUAUUUAUGUUAAUACUUAUCAGUAUGUUAUGCUGUGUUAUAUUAUAGUAAAGUUUUGAUUAAUCUGCAUUUUCUGGGGUUGGAAAUCUAAAAUCUCGUCUAGGGCACCAACAGAGCCUGGGCCGGCCCUGCUUAAUAAUCUUAUUCCGAACAGUUUUCUUAUUGAGUAUUUUUUGACUGCAUAAUUUUUCACCAAAAACUCAAUCUUCUGUUGAAACAAUAGAUUUGUAUGGAUCUGCCUCCAUCUGAUCAACAACCGAUGGAUAGAACCAAGUCCUUCACCUACGUUUUUUUUAUUUUAUUUUCAAUAAUCCAUUUCACAUGAAUAUAUUUCACAAUAAAGAAAAGACUGUUGUGACCUCCUUUUACAGCAUUUAUUUAUCUAGGUAAAUAUUAACCUAACCUAAUCCCAUACAAUUUUAACUUUUAAAGUUAAAUUGAUUAGUUAAUAUUAUUUUGAACAAACAUCAAUGAACAAUAUAUUUCUGAAUUACAAGAUUAUUAAAUUCUGUAGAAUGUUGUUAAUUAUUAGUUCAUGAUACAUAUUGCAUUAACUCACGUUAAUAAACUAAACCUUACUGCGAAGUGUUAAUUGUUUUUGCUCCCCCUCCCCCCAUGAAAAAGGUUUGUGAUAGAAAAACCCUUCAAUAUUUUGUUUGCUUCAUAACUCAGCAGAUGUGGGAGUAUUCUGUAUAAAGUUCAUUCUAAAUCCAUGCCAUCUCAACCCAUCCUUCAGCUCUAGAGUCGCAAACAAGCUAUGAAUGUGGAUUCCUCUCUGUAAGGGUAACAUAUCAUUGUGAAAAACCGAACAAGGCUGGCUUUCUUUCAUAAAAGUGCCGAAAACUCCCAGGUAUGUAUUAAGUACCCACUGAGAAUAGUCUUUUAAGCCAUUUUUUUUAAAAGGGGAUGACCUUUGGGACAAAAAACGCCAUCUUUAAAGUAAAGGACUUGUCACAGGGCACUACGUCCACUUUGGCCAGCUCUGACUCUUUCUGCCAAGACUCGGUCUGUGCUUUCUAUGUGAAAUCAACGCUGCAAAAUGUUUGCUUUGGAACACCAAAGUGGAGAAAAUUUUGAUUGCAUCGCUAACAGGAACCUGACAGAAGGGAAGGGUAAAUUGCCUCUGUCAAAAAACAUUUACCUUAAACAUGUUUGCUAAAAAUGUCUGCAGAUUUCAUUUUGUGAGAGCAGCUUGUUAUUGUACGUUCUGUGUUUCUCUUUAUUUGGAGACACAGAAACACUAACGUGUAAUACGAAUCCUCAUGUGUGUCAAUCUCUUGUCUGCCAGCUGAAUGAAUGAGUUCAGGUAGUAGCUCAUUAGUCAUUUACAAAUAUCACAUGCACACACACACACAUUUCCCGAAUGCUUUCCCCCCAACCAAUCUCUCUCUCUCCUUUCCUCUCUCCCUCAUCUCCCCUCCCACUCUAUGCUAGUGUGCGAGUAGCUCUCUCUCUCUCUCUACCCCUCGCAGGCACGCACUCUGUCAGUGGAGGAGAGGGUUUCGAAAUCCAGCUGUAGCUCAAAGUGAUCGCCUCCUUGGGCAUAUCCAUCUAAGAGGAUUCUGCCCUUUUUCCCCUCGUACCACUUUCUUUUGUUGUUCUGAACCUGUAGGAUUUCUUUUUUUAUCUGCCACUCAGGUUAGUGAUAUAGUGAGUGUUCUGCGGAAGAAUAACAGAAGUUUUUCUUACAUGGCUGAAGCACCUGCCUAUCUCAUUUACGCUUUUUUAUUGACGUGAUCUGUGUGUCCUAACGCACAUGACACAGCUUAAGUAAUUCCUUUUUGGUCUUCUGGAAUUGUUUUAUUUUGCCAUACAAGGGUUUCUUGCUGACAACGUGGUAGGAAUCCCUGAGUAAACUCUUCGGAGAGACCAUGAGUUGGACUCAUUAUAAAUGCUAAACGUCUGUCUGCUUGGAGCUACGCCAUCUGUGGAAUUCAAUCAAGAGAUGACCACUGUGUCAAUGGAGCCCAUAGUGGCGAUGGUGGAAAAGAUUUCCAAUGUCACCGAGCGUCCAGUAGAAGCUUCUACUGAAGACAUGGCUGCCACCUUCACCAUUGGCACCAUCCUGUCCCUAAUGUGUCUGGUGGGUGUGUCUGGAAAUAUCUACACGCUCGUGGUCAUGUGCCACUCCAUGCGCUCGGCUGCCUCUAUGUACAUCUACAUCAUCAACCUGGCACUAGCUGAUCUGCUUUACUUGCUCACGAUUCCGUUUGUGGUAUGCACUCAUUUCCUGAAGGGAUGGUACUUUGGAGACGCCGGGUGUCGGAUCCUCAUCAGCAUGGACUUCCUUACCAUGCAUGCCAGCAUUUUCACUCUGACAGUUAUGAGCACAGAACGUUACUUUGCCGUACUCAAGCCUCUGGAUACAGUCAAACGCUCCAAGAGCUACCGAAAAGCAAUCGCCUUUCUGGUGUGGACAGCCUCGCUGAUUCUCACCUUACCCAUGAUCAUCAGCGUCCAGCUGAUGACGGAGAGCUCCAAGCCAAUGUGUCAACCCACCCUGAGCCCUCUCUCGUAUAAAAUCUACAUCUCCUUUCUCUUUGGCACGAGCAUUGUGGCUCCAGGGGUGAUAAUCGGGUACCUAUACAUACGCCUGGCACGAACUUACUGGAUCUCCCAGACUGAGACUUUCAAGCAGACCAAGAAGCUCCCAAACCAGAAGGUCCUGUAUCUGAUCUUCACCAUUGUGCUCCUGUUCUGGGCCUGCUUCCUACCUUUCUGGAUUUGGCAGCUUCUAGGUCAGUUCCAGCCCGCGCUGGAUCUCUCCACCAAGGCCAAGCGCAACAUUAACUAUCUGACCACCUGUCUGACCUACAGCAACAGUUGCAUCAAUCCGUUCCUCUACACCCUGCUCACCAAGAACUAUAAGGAUUACCUUCGCAAAAGACAGAGGACUUGGACGGCUGGCAGCUACCUCAACCGACGGAACCGCUUCCAGCGGUCGCCCCGUCGCUCCUUGUCCUCCAGCAGUCAGCAGUGCACGGAGAGCUUUGUUCUCGCACAUACUUCUCACACCAACAAUAGCAGUCUCUGAGGGAAAGAUGACUGUCUGGGGGCAAGACGAGAGGAAAGCAAGCCAAGACGGCUGGUACCUCCCUCCUCCAAACAGAAGACGGAGAGCAAAGGAAGAGCAGAGUGGGCAAGAGAAGAAAAGCAAGCCAUGGCACAAGGAUUAUCCCCACAUUAAAUUGCCAAUGUGGGGUUGGAGUUGCCACCACCUCACUUGUUGAUCCGUUUCAAUACUGGAUGACUUUUAAGAGGGAAAAAACAAUUCCCAGUUCAUCGUUUUUUCUCAAACUCUGGGCUAUUAUCACUGUGAACUGGGUUAUUUUUUUAUAUAUAUAUUUAUUUUUUGAUCAUCUGUCAAAAUUUGUCAUCAAGAAUCAAAUUUAAAAGUAGGACAAUAACCAAGAGAAAAAUGGGAGAACUUUCAUCUCCCCUCUCCCAAGUGACCCACUAUGAUGCGAGUCAUGUCCUUCAAACAACUGCAAUAGUAACCAUCAGAAUCCUUCCGAACAUGACUCACAUCAAAAAAGAGGCAUAUUUCCUAGUGCAAAAAUCAGUUUCUCUCAUAUUUAUGAAAAGAUUCUUGCUCUAUUUGAUCUGUGUUUGACAUGAAGUUUUUCUAUUUGAAUUGUCUUUGAUGACUUUAUGAUCUUCAUUGUAGGGAACUACAAUGCAAGUAUGGCAAAGCAGCCAUGGAAAGCCCUCCAGAACACUGUGGGAAGAACUUCUCCACACCUUUUUAUUUUUGUGAUGUAUUCCAUUCCCC